AUGAAGCACAUGCAUGUACCAAACUAUCUCUGGGGAGAAGCAGUACGACAUUCAACCUAUCUCUUAAACCGAAUAGCCACGAGGACACUUAAAGAUGUUACUCCAUAUGAGAUGUUCAGAGGAAAGAAGCCAAUUCUCGAUCACAUACGAAUUUUCGGGUGUAUUGGUUAUGCAAAGGUGGAGAAGCCUCAACUCAAGAAGCUAGACGACAGAUCGCGUGUCCUUGUGCAUUUAGGAACCGAACCAGGGUCCAAAGCUUACCGACUACUUGAGCCACAAGGAAGAAAGAUAAUAGUAAGUCGAGAUGUGGUGUUUGAUGAAUCAAAAGGAUGGAACUGGAGUCAUAGUAACUCGGCUCAGGGAGAUAACAAAGAGUUUAAAGUGAUAUUUGGUGAGUUUGGAAAUCGCGGGAUUCAAGAGAUAUGGGAGAAUGAUGGAAUCGAGAGAUUCAAUGGUGAAACUAAGAUGAUUGGAGGUUCUAAUGACGAACAAGUUGAGAAUAGCCCUAGCUACAAUAUCGCAGAGACGCAUGAGGAAGAGACAGAGGAUACAGAGGAUACAGAGACACAGAGAGUCCUGAAGUAG